UCUUAUGAAAUUGUACGAAAGAUGUCGCCACAUGUCCAUAUAUCUAAUGAUUGAAUUCUUUUUUUUCAUAAUUAAAAUAUUUUAGUAUUGUAUAUUUUUUAAUUUUUCAAUCAAGUAAAGAGUGUGUGAUCAAUACUAUAACAAACAUCUUAAUAUUAUCGAAAAAAUCAAAGAAAAAUGCAUAUAGAAAAAGAAUUUGAAGAUGACAUUAAAAGUGAUGCCGGAGGAAAUUCAGGAUGGGCAGAUGCUAUGCGUAAAAUUCUACAAACAAAAAAGCCAAAACGUAAAAAGACAAUAGUUUUAUCAAAAGCGAAAAAGUUAUGUGAUACAAAAGAGAAAGAAGAUAAAGAAAGUUCACUAUUUGAUAUUGAGAAAGUAAAAGAAGAAGUAAAAGAAAUAAAAGAAGAAGAAGAUGUUGUUAAAAAACCAAAGGAAAAAAAGUUAGGUAUUAGAGUAAAACCAAGUAUAAUGGAUAGAGAACGUGAGAGAACAUUACAAAAAAUUGCUACAAAAGGUGUAGUACAAUUAUUCAAUGCUGUUAAACAACAGCAAGGUGAAAUUAAUAAAAAAUUAUCUGAAGCUGGUCCAUUAGAAAGGAAACGUGAACAAGUAUUAAGAAGUAUUGAUAAGACUAAAUUUUUGGAUGUUCUUAUGGGAGGAAGUAAAAGUAUUUCAGUAGAUAAUGAUGUAAAAAAUGAAGAGCAAGAAAAUAAAAAACUUGAAAAGAAAAAAGAUAAAGAAACUUGGAGCGUGUUAAGAGAAGAUUUUGUAAUGGGAACAAAAUUAAAAGAUUGGGAUCGUAAAGAACAAGACGAAGAUUCUUCAGCAAUUGAAGAUAUGGAUAGUGAUGAUUAAAUUGUAAAAAAAUAUAAAAUAUAAAAUAAUUAUGUAAAUAUAAGAAAUAAUUCAUAUAAAAUUUUAUG